AUGGAUAGAAAAUUUGAAUUUCUAACUUGGAAAGGAUGGGUCAAAACACGAGAAGCUAUCAAUAUUACGAUAUAUAAAAAAAGAGCAAAAAAUAAUGACAACACAAUAAAACAGUCUAAAAAAAUGCAGUCGAGUGCAAUAGCAACAUCUUUUAUAGUCUACAACGAUGGAAGGGGAAUUGGGCCGGGAAAGGGAUUUGGAAAAUUGAAAAGCAGUGAAUGUUCAGCGUUCUUAUCAACAUUAUUCCGAAAUGGCAAACAAAAAGAAAUUUUAAAGUCCAUCAGGGCAUCCAGGGUUGCUGGAUUAUCGCGUAAAAUCCAAGCGCACGUUGAAAACUUACAGAAAAACACGUACGAAUAA